AUGGAGUCACGACCUGAAGGCAUGCGCUCUGCGCAUAACGGAACCAACUCCGGGGCCGUCCCAAACGAAAAGGAGGACGUCAUGAUCACAUUUUCCCUUUCUGAACCGCCGGCACCACCUCGGACCCGAUCCCCUUUUGCCCGAUCGCAUCUCCGCUCUCGAUCACUGGCGGGCAUCCCGGGCAUGCCGUCUAUGACGCGCGCCUACUCCUCCCCAGGGCUGGACUCCCAGGGUCGAUAUAUCUUCGUCAAUGGCCGCGGAUCUUCAGUCGACGGUUUGAAAAGAUACGGCCCUCUGCAGACGCGCCCUGACGAUCACAUCGAAUCCCGCAUGGGCUCUCUCAACAUUUCAGAGACCAUCUCAGAGCACGCCGAACUCGAAACUUUCCCCAAGUCGCCCUCCCAAACGGGCUCUUCGCCAGUUCUCAUGGCCCAGACUUUCCCCCGCAUUGGUCGCCUGCGCCCGAUUUCACCCCUUUCUUUCCAAUCCCCCGCUAGCCCCUCCUCCUUGCAUUCCUCGCCCGUGCUUGGCUCCAAAUACAACGAAGCCUACCCCGGCCACUCGGGCUCCGUCUCAUCCGUCUCUGUUCCUUCCACCCCGACUAGCCUUCGUUCUCGAAGUCCCAGUAUUUCGUCCCUGGAAACUAUUCCCGAUAUUCCAGAUGCCGAGAAUGAGGCCCUCGAAGAAGAGCGGAUCGCUGACUUGAAAGCCGCGGCCGAUGCAGCCGACGCGGCAAGCAAUGCCAAUCGACGGCGCGGGGCAUCGGAUGCACCCAACUCACUCAGUACAAUGCGCGGGGGCGCGGGCGGAUAUACAGCCCGCAGCGACAAGCGCAAACGUUGGAGUGUCUGUGGUGCCGAGCGACGACAGGACCUUGACCUGGAGACCAUCUGGGAAGAUUGA